CAAAAGUCACAUCUUAAAAAUCAGGAGCUCCAGCACCAACACCAAAAUGACAUCCUAUUCAGAAAAAGGUGAAAAACACGAGCAAGGCAGUUUCCUCAGCUUUGACCAUCUUACCUUCUGGGUUGGCAAUGCCAAGCAGGCUGCCUCCUUUUAUUGCACCAAGCUGGGGUUUGAGCCCCUGGCAUACCGCGGUCUGGAGACGGGCAGCCGUGAAGUCGUCUCUCAUGCGGUUAAGCAGGGAAAGAUUAUUUAUGUCUUUUCUUCUGCAUUGAAUCCUGGAAACCAAGAGAUGGGGGAGCACCUGGUGAAACAUGGUGAUGGAGUCAAAGACAUUGCUUUCGCUGUGGAGAACUGUGAAUUCUUGGUGCAGAAAGCCAGAGAACGAGGUGCCAUCAUCCUCAAGGAACCUCAUGUGCUGAAGGACGAGUUUGGCAGUGUGAAACUGGCUGUGCUACAGACAUAUGGAGAUACAACUCACACACUGGUAGAAAGAAACGGAUACACAGGACUCUUUCUCCCAGGAUUCCAUCCUCCGCUGUUCUGUGAUCCUUUCCUGGCUCAGCUGCCGAGCGGACAUCUAGAUUUUAUUGAUCAUGUGGUGGGAAACCAGCCAGAUGAUGAGAUGUUGCCUGUGGUGGAAUGGUACCAGAGGAACCUCCUGUUCCACCGUUUCUGGUCAGUAGAUGAUAAACAGAUGCAGACAGAAUUUAGUGCGCUGCGCUCCAUUGUAGUGGCUAACCAUGAGGAAACGGUGAAGAUGCCCAUCAACGAACCUGCUAUUGGUAAACGCAAGUCCCAGAUCCAGGAGUAUGUGGAGUAUUACGGUGGCGCAGGAGUCCAGCACAUUGCCAUGAACACCUCAAACAUUAUCACAGCUAUCCGUAAUCUAAAGGCGCGUGGCAUGGAGUUCAUGACUGCGCCAAAUACCUACUACCAGCAGCUCCGUGAGAAACUAAAAGAUGCGAAGGUCAAAAUCAAUGAGGACAUCAGCAUCCUAGAGGAGCUGCACAUUUUGGUGGACUAUGAUGAUAAAGGUUACCUCCUCCAGAUCUUCACCAAACCCCUCCAGGAUCGACCUACUGUGUUCCUGGAGGUUAUUCAAAGAAACAACCACCAGGGCUUCGGUGCUGGGAACUUCAAGUCUCUGUUUGAGGCUAUUGAGGCAGACCAGCAUGCCAGGGGCAACCUCACUGUCCUCACGCCCAACGGGUCAUCAGAACAAAUCUGAACCAUUACUUACCAACAUAUCCACUCAUUUAUAUAUAUAUAUAUAUAUAUAUAUAUAUAUAUAUAUAUAUAUAUAUAUAUAUAUAUAUAAGCUGGAAUUUUGUAAGAAUGUGAAACUCUCUACUUCAUGCAGUAUUCUGUAAAUGUUAUGUAAUGCAACUGAGCCCAUAAUUUUUAGAUUAUCCAUGAAUCUGCUUUAAUUGGUCAUUAAGCUUUCUUUUUUUCUUUUUUUCUUUUUUACCAACCAGCUGUUUUUGAAUAUUGCCAGUUCUUAUUUUUUUAGUCUUAUUAGCCUUCUUCCCUCUUGGCCUGUUUAUAUUAAUUUCCGCCUGUUCAGAUACCUGAAUCCUUUUUUUAAACCUUGCCAAUGGCUAUGCAUGUAAUAAAAAGCAAACAGCAAAUGCCUUUACAUUCAUGUCGACUUUAAACAAAUAUGCCCAGAUGUUUAUUAAUAAAGUUGUAACAAAGCAACCAAACAUGACUUUGGUUAUUUGU